CUCCCUCCUUUCCUCUCCUGCUCCUCCCCUCUCCAGAGGAGAUCGUGCCUGCCCUCGGAGCAAGACGGCCAGCAGCGAGGAGAAGAGCUCAGGACCAACAGCAUCCCCAGCCCUGGCCUCCGUGACCCCGAAGCAGGCUGGUGGGAGCUACGGCGAGAGGCAGACUUUUAAUUCCACCUUUGGGACGGACGCCGAGACCGGUAGGCUGGGCACCCCACAGCCCCAGCUCAUGGGCAGGGUUUUCGGCCAAGAGAGCCAAGCUCCUCACCCAGAGCUGACAGCAUCAGACGCCUGUGGUAAUAAGCCCAAAGACAGCAGCACCACGGACAAGAAGAGGGGGAUGCUGAGAAGCCUGUGCCAUACCUCGAGUUGCUACAAAGGCCCCGUUGGACUCUACAACAUCGGACAGACAUGCAGCCUCAACUCCCUUCUCCAGGUGUUCUUUAUGAACCGGGAAUUCACCAGAAUCCUGAAGAGGAUCCAAGUGCCAUGGGGGGCCGAGCGUCAGCGACAGAGCGUCCCGUACCAGCUGCUGCUGCUGCUGGAGAAGAUGCAAGACAGCCGCUGGAAAGCCGUGCAGCCCCUAGAGCUGGCCUUCUGCCUCCAGGAGCACAACGUGCAGCGAUUUGUCCAGCACGAUGCAGCUGAGCUCUUCCAGACCCUCUGGAACUUGAUCAUGAACCAAAUCACUGACUCGGAGCUGACAGGGAGGCUGAAUGCCCUGUACACCAUCCAGGUGCUGGAAUCACUGCUGUGCCGCCACUGCUCCCUGGACUCCCUGAGGUGGAGCAACAUGCUCACCCUUUCGCUCCCACUUUUUGAUGCUGGAAAGCACCCCCUAAAGACAGUGGAGGACUCCCUGCGCUGCUUCUUUCAACCCCGCGAGCCCUCGGGCCUCAGCAAGUGUGAGAGGUGUGGGGAGAAAACACCAAAACUACAGACCUUGAAGCUGGUUAGCCUUCCCCAGACACUGACCAUCCAUCUCCAGCGUUUCAGGCUCAAGAACUCCGAGACCCAAAAGGUCGGCCACCCUCUGCAUUUCCCCCAGAGCCUGGACCUCGGCCAGAUCUUGCCAAUGCAGUGUGAUACCUGGGAUGCCAAUGGGCAGUAUGAACUUUUUGCCGUGAUCGCCCACGUUGGGACCGCCAACUUCGGCCACUACUGCGCCUAUAUCUGCAACCCUACCAACGGAAAGUGGCUGUGCUUCAACGACUCUAGCGUCUGCUGGGUGUCUUGGGAGGACAUCAAAUGUACCUAUGGAAAGUGGAAUUUGUACUGGGGUGAAACAGCAUACCUCCUGGUUUACAUGCGGUCUGAACCCGAGUAGGCCCACCUGGCCUUUUCUGGCCCAGAAGACAGCACAAAGAGUCCUUCUCCCAGGGGGCCUCCUGCCUCUUUCAUUCAGUCGUAUUUAUUGAGUGCUUCCUGUGUGCAGAGCACACAGAGCUCUUCUCGGGACCUGGCUGCACCUCCUCAUUGACAAGCUCAUCGUUCCCAUCAGUGGGUCUGGGGAGACCUCUAGACUGGCUUCUCUGACAGCCUUUAUUGUACUACAACUGUGUUCUUUUGAAUAGCGUCUGCGGCUCCUCCUCCAUCUUAUUUAUUCUCAACAGUCCUGUGGGAAGGGGAGGGGUAAGCGGAGGUCUAGAAGGGGGAGCGGAGGGGCUUGCCUGAGGGCAGAUAGGCAGUCAGCAGUGGCUCAAACAGCAGAAUCAAAACUUUUGGUGGGAUGGAGGGGCAUGGGGUAGGGACCCCAAUUCGGCGUCCUGGGCCUGCCUAUAGCAGGAGGCAUGGGGGCCAAGCUGCCGACGGUCAGAGGAGAUGGCUUGUGGAAGGGUCAAGAAAAAGGACGGCCUGGAGAAAGGAGUUUAGUGAGGGAAGCAGAGGGGCCCUGAAGGCUUUGGAGAGAGAACUAUGGCCUUUGGGACCCAAAAGGAGGCGGCACUGAGGACUAAGAAUAAAAAUUCAACCUUUCAUCAAUAGACAGAAGGAUAUGAGAGAGAUGAAGUUUGGAGCUGCUUCCAUCCAGGAUGGAGCUCCUGGGAGCUCCCACUCUGCUUUCUUCCCCUUAGUUGUCUCUGUGCCUUUUCACUGGGCCACAGCUGCCUGCUUUCCCAGCAGUCCUCAGCCCAGGGGGAUGCAAAGGCAGGAUGACCUGAUUCAGGCUUGGUCACCAUUCCCUCUGCCGCCCGGAAGUAUCUCAAGAGGAGAUCUCCCAACUCCAGAAAUCUAACCCCUCCUCCUGGACCUCCGAUUUCAUCCCUUCACACCUUACCAAUCACUUGCCUCCUCUCUUCUUCCUUACCUGGCCACCAUCUUCAACUGUGUAC